AUGAAUUGUUCUUCGUUAUUAUCAUUGCAUUUACAAUCAACAAAAUUCUUUGCACUACAUAAAAAUUUUUUUCGAUUGAAAUCAUGGGAAGCGGAAUUUCAACAAGCCGUCGAAAAAGUGAAACAAUUAGCGGAAAGACAAGAUGUAUCAACGAAACUGAAACUUUAUGGCCUUUAUAAACAAUUGAGAGAACUGAAAGGAAGAUCAAUGGAUAAAGCAAAAAAGAUGUACAUCGAUUUAGUCAAUAAACUAUCUACAAUUGCAAAAACUUCAUCUAAAAUAGUUUUUGAUGAUCUAAAAUCUAUACCUGGUCUUGAUAUCAUUAUUGAAGAUAAAAUUUUAUGGAUAAAACUUAACAGACCAAAUAAACACAAUGCGUUAACUUUAGAGAUGUAUGAUGGUAUUACGAAUGCCCUGAAUUAUGCAAAUGAGACUGAUACUAUAGUGACUGCAUUUAUCGGAUCAGGCCAGUAUUUUUGUAGCGGUAACAAUUUAACAAAUUUCACUGAAGUCACUGGUCUCGAGGACAUACCACGUAUGAUUUCUAAAACAAGUCAAAUACUCAGUUCAUACGUUGCUGCUUAUAUUAACCAUAAAAAAGCCUUAGUCGCACUGAUAAAUGGUCCUGCAAUUGGUAUUGCUGUUACUGUAUUACCUUUAUUUGACUUAGUUCUUGCUUCUGAUAAAGCAAUAUUCAGUACACCGUUCACAAUUUUGGGACAAUCUCCGGAAGGUUGUUCAUCGUAUACAUUCCCAAUGAUAAUGGGACACAGUAAGGCAUCAGAAGUCUUAAUUUUUGAUAAAAAAAUUAACCGCCCAAGAAGUAUAUGA